UUCAGGAAGUACGCAUUUCAUUUUUAUGUUGUGCUCGAGUUAUCGAGUAAACUUUACAAAAGUCCAAAAAUUGAUCAGUUAUUUGGUUAACAAGGCAUACAAUUCAGCUGAAAAUGUCCGCUGGUCCUGAGUCUACACAUGUAUCGUCGCUUGGGAAUGGUGACAGUUUGCAUCAACAGGUUCUCGCCUCCUUCCCUCUGUGUGACAUUACAGAGGAGGAACUGACCCAGAACCCUCAGUUCUGUAAACUCCUGGUCACCCUGGCACAACAUGUGGAUCAAAGUGGACUCACUGUUCCUCUAAAAACAGAGCUGGAAAAGGCUGAGCAGAAGCUGCAGAGCCAGAGGCGUCACUGGCUGCGCUCUGAGAGCCUCCACAAAGGGCUGCAGGAGAUGAUCCAGGAGCAUUGUAUCAGGAAGCACCAUGCCACUCUACCUCCAGACCAGAACAUGUUCUAUGAGACAAUGGAGAAGUCACUGCUGGUGGCUCAGUGUAUCAGACAACUGGAUCCCAGUAGCACUACCAACCAAGAGCAGCCCUCAGUUCUGGGUCUGAACCCCCAACAUGUGAUGGAGCUCAUGCCAUUAGAGAAGAAUGUUCAAAGGAUGAAACAGGGUCUUCCCAGAGAACUGGAGAAACAUCUAAAGAAAAAGUGCAUGGGCCUCCUCUCUUACUAUCAACCUGAAUGGGAGAAUGAGAGUGAGGGUUUGAAGAGCAGCAAGUUGUCCCACCUGUCAGCUCAGCUGGACAAAGAGAAGAAAAGAGCAGAGAGUCUAAAGGAGACCUGCCGGGAAAACACAGUUCUCCUGCAAAGACAGACUCAACUCUACCUAUCCGAACUGAUUAAGUGUAUUCAGCUUCUUCAGUCUCUCAUCUUGGACCACAGGCUGAGGAUCCAGACUGAUCUGGACCGGAAGAAGUUAGACUACUUGGAGGGAAAAUGUGGAUUAGUCUUACAGAAGAUCAAGACCGAGAUGGUGGAAAUUCAGCUGGACACGUACACAGUGGACUCAAUAUCUGCUCAUAAAAAAAUAAGAGAGAAGCUGGACUCUGAGCUGAAGGCCUGUCAGGUGGAGAAGCAGUCUGUAGAGUUGAAGCUGGCCUCCUUUGAGAUCUUGGGUAAAGAGUUUGAGGCCUUGGCUGAGGAGUACUGCAGAUUACGGCAGGAGAUAGAAAUGAAACACUGGGCUCUGAAGGAGUUCACCCAGUACAAGGACAAAUGAAGAUCAGAUCUGUUGCUGGGACAACAGCCGGCCAUUCCCUUUUCAUGGUGUGUCAUUGCUCACAUUGAAAUGCUGGCUUUUGGAUGCUUGACACAGAAACUGUGUGGACUUGGCUUAUAAGAACUGUGUAACAUGUACAGCAGUAAGUGGGUUAAGGAUUCAGUUACAGCUCCUAACUUAACAAUGUCGUUUAAUUACUUAAAUAAAUUCAGUUUUCUUAAAAUAGUCAAGAAUCUUCAGUGCAUCGCCAUGGCGAUCAGUAUUUCUGCUUUCAAGGUAUUUAGUAUUUAUUACUCUUUUAUUAAGAUGCAGUUCUACACAAAGCUCUAACUAUCUUGCAUGUGACUGCAUGGUCACCUUUGAUUGCUUUCUAUAUUGGUAUAAAGAGGUGAGAAUCACUAUAUUCAUACUGACAAUGCAAUGUAUUGUUGCUCUAACAGUGGCUUCCUUGUUGGUAGAAGCUGCAUCUGCUAGGUGACUCAAUCUAACUUCACCUGAAAUAAAGGUUUCAAGGUACAUUUUGUGGAAGUUGACUUAACAUCUUACCUCAGGUAUCAAUACACAGUAGCAUGUGCCUAAAGUUGGGUGACCAUUUGUAUGUAUCUUGCAAUUUAAACCUCAGAAUAAACUAAAA